GCAGCGCGAGUGCGCGGGCUAGAGGAGGCAUCCAAAAUGCCGUCGACUGCUGACGCCAAGGCUUCGUUGGCGACCCAAACAGAGAAACCGAACCAUUACAACUACCUGAAGGAGUUCCGGGUGGACCAGUGCCCGCUCUUCGUGCAGCACAAGUGCACCCAGCACAAGCCGUUCACAUGCUUCCACUGGCACUUCAAGAACCAGCGGCGCAGGAGGCCCGUGCGAGCGGCCAGGGACGGCACUUUCAACUACAGCCCGGACGUGUACUGUACGAGCUACGACGAGACGACGGGUAUCUGUCCCGAGGGCGACGGGUGCCGCUUUUUACACCGGACGGCGGGAGACACGGAGCGGCGCUACCACCUGCGUUACUACAAGACGGGCAUCUGUGUGUACGACACGGACGCGAGGGGCAACUGCGUGAAGAACGGCCCCCACUGCGCCUUUGCCCACGGCCUGCACGACCUGCGCUCACCGGUGUAUGACGCCAAGGAGCAGCAGGCGUGCCUGUCCGGGGACGCCCCCACAGCCAGCGGGCCCGAGGAGAACGGGGGCCCCAACAGCCUGGACAAGGAGCGCAACGCCCUCAAUGAGGACCCCCACUGGCAGGACACCAAGUACGUGCUGACCAACUACAAGACGGAGCCGUGCAAGCGGCCCCCGCGACUGUGCCGGCAGGGCUACGCCUGCCCCCAGUACCACAACAGCCGGGACAAGCGGCGGUCGCCCAAGCGCCACAAGUACCGCUCGACGCCCUGCCCCAACGUGAAGCAGGGUGACGAGUGGGGGGACCCCGCCAACUGCGACAACGGCGACAACUGCUCCUACUGCCACACCCGCACUGAGCAGCAGUUCCACCCAGAGAUCUACAAGUCGACCAAGUGCAACGACAUGCAGCAGGCCAACUACUGCCCCCGGGGCCCCUUCUGCGCCUUUGCCCACGUGGAGAAGGAGAUCUCGGCCGUGAGGGACAUGGGGCCGGACUACUCCACCAACCUGGCGGCCAUCUUGUCCAGCGCGCUGCCCUCUUCGAGCAAUCACCAGCAGGGUGGCACAGGCUCCCCGGCCUGCAAGGGGGACAACCCGUUCUCGGAUGCCCACCACCACAUGGCAGAACCCCACCCGGUGUGGUACGGCGUGGGCGACUGCGGUGGCCCCCUGCCCACCCCGAUCGGGCGUCCCCGGUCCUACAGCUCGUCGACCAACCAGUCGUCAGAGUCCCUGCCGCUGCACCAGAAGGCCCCCGGGUCGGAAAGAGAAGACCGCGAGGCGAGCAUCCGCCAGCAGCUGAAGGCGAUUGACAACGAGCCGAUGGCAGACCCCUUGGAGAAGGCGCGACUGAAGCAAGACGUGUGGCUGGUGCACGGCCUGACCCCGCCCCCCAUGUGCCUGGCCCCGUCCCAGCAGGCCUUCUUCCAGCAGCAGCAGUCCACCGUGGAGAGCGUGGUGGGCAGCGCCCUGGACGACCUGAGCCUGGACGACAUCAGCGUGGAGGCCGCCCUGGACCUGGAGGGGGACUCGAACCCGGUCUCCUCCUCCAUCACCCAGGGCCUGGCCAGCUCAGGCCUGCUGGGCAGCUCUGCACCCAUGAACAUCCCCGGUAGCGGCGGCAUGCAGUGCAACCGGCGGGCCCAGCUUUCUCCCCCGUCACUGCCCCACAGCCUGUCUUCUGACCAUGCCAUGGACAAGGCUGCGGCGGCCUUCUACAGCCAAUCUGGGUCGUUCUCGGGUGGGGGCAAGUACCCCUUCCUGUACGAGUACCAGGGGGCGCCCUCGCUGUGGGAGGACCGGCUGGCCUGCCCGCCCAAGAUGCCACCCCCGGGCAUGGCCCCGCCCCCCGCAUCCUGGGAGGAGGGCCUGGUCCAGGCACGUGCUGUGUACGAGGCCUGGAAGCGGGAGGUGGAGGACGCCAAGCACCGGGAGAAGUUGGCCGAAUGCCAGAGGGACGAGGCGGUGGCCCAAGCAUCCCUGCUGCAGAAGGAGCUGGAGGCCCUUGCGGGGGGCCGGGGUUUAGGCACGGGGCCCCUUAGGCCACAGGACCUGGACAAGUUGGGGCCCGGCCAGCUGCGCCUGCUCCAGGAGCGCCUGCGCUCAGACCUGGACACCGUCGAGAAGCUGCUCUACCAGCAGUGCCACCCGGCGCCGAAGAGCAAGUGCCUGGUGUGCCAGCAGCAGAACCGCAGCGUGGCGGCCGCCCUUCCCUGCAACCACCUGGCCCUGUGCGGGGCCUGUGCGGCCGUCACCCCCAAGUGCCCCUAUUGCAGCUGCGACAUCGCUGCCCGCAGCUCCCUGCCCAUGUCCCUGUAGGAUGGGCAGCGGGGCUCUUAACAUUGACAAUUUCAAUUGGGGGAGGGGGUCUUUACGUCGGCUGAAUCGGGCUGCCUUUUGGCUAAAUCCGGCUUCAAUUGGCUGAAUUCAACGACAUCGGCUGAACCUGGCUGCACCUCAACUGAAUUCAACUGAAUCCGGCUGCGAGGCGACUGAAUCCAGCUGCACAGCAACCAAAUCUGUCUGUGCAGCAGCCGAGUACAGCUGGACGUUGGCUUACUGUGGCAGCACGACGGAUGAGUCUAGCUGCACAGCGGUUGAAAACGGCUGGACAUCGACGGAAUCUGGCUCGACGUCGGUGGAAUCCGGCUGCACGUAGGCACCCCGGAGAGCAAUCAGGUGCAGGGACAUCUUUUGCCCCGCAAUUGGUCGUGGACAACGCGGCAACGGCGGCGUCUGAAAGGGGCUGUCUGCUCUGGUUCUCCACCCCAUCUUGUUUGGUUUCACCUAGGCCUUUUUUAAUUUUAUACAGGUUGUUUCUCAAAACGCAGGCCAAACUACUCCUGUGAAAUGCACACAUCGCACAGAAAAUGUAGAUGCAGAGAUCCGCUUCGAUAGAAAACUGAAACACUCGUGUAGAUUGAGUAAUUUUUUUUUAGAAAGCCGCGCAACGUUGCGCAUGCUUUCUUCUGCGAAAUGCAAUGACUUUGGAGGUUUUCGGUGCCACCCAGAAAGUUUCUAGUUAAAACCAUGCCCUUAAAUUUACUAAUAUAAAACUUAAUAUAAAACUUAAAUGCUCAAAUAUAAUUUAGAACUAAUUAAAUGGAACAUUAAUUUUUCUAAAUAGUCUCUUUGGCAGAGGACAAUGUGACAUCAACCUUAUUCUGGGCAUUGCUUACUUUCCGCAGUAGAGAUUGGGACCGCGUUUUAUGAAACAGCCUGUAUAUGUUUUUGUCUUUUGUGUAUGUUUUGUGUGUGCGUCACGGUUGGCCUAUGAAUUGGGGACGACCGUUUGUAGCUUGCAGCAACUCUGGUGCAUGGAAUGUCCUUCGAUUUGCGUGCUUUUGGAAGAAUCGUUUGCAUUGGGUCGAUAGUCUGGUGGCGGCACGGUAAUCCGUCGCAGUACUGCAGCGACAAGUUUGCGUCGUUUGUGCCACCGUCGCGUUCUAAUUUGACGACGGGUCUUCCGGAAGCCGGACUUGUCGAGCUACCGACGUAAUUGCCGAGCUGCCCGGACGAGUGGCGGUUGUUCAUCGCGUUGUAGUUGUUGCAGUUUCUUGUCUUUGGAACGUUUUGUUUCGUCUCCGAUGGUUGGCUCGUGCCUCCCACGGCUCGCAGACGAGCGGUGUGCCCAUCUGUGCCACACGAGUGUUACGUCGGACAUUGGCGGUCCCUAGUAACACGUCGAGAAGCACUCUCUCCCCCUCGAAAUAUUUAACACCCCCCCCUCCCCUCCUACGGGGGUUCAUCCCCCGUACAUCGUUUAGCUUAGGUACCCCUUAGGAAAGAAAGGCUGCAUUUCUCCAGCGUCUCCAGGUCAGAGUAGCGUAGCAGCGUAACUUAUGUGUGUACCAUAUUCCACGUGCGUAAGUAAGGACACGACCAAACGGGUUGUUUCAAAGAAGAAAAAAAAAAAUAUGUCUGCCCAGUCGAAGGCACGAAUAUCUAGGUGUAAAUGUCCAGUUAACAAAUUGAGGAUUGCACGGUCUUUUGGUUUGGCCCCCGACGACCGUUUCUCGUCUGCCCGGGCUCGACGCCCGUUGGGGUCCGCUAUUUUUCUACCUCCGGGGCCGGACGAAAACGGGAGAAGGCGGCAACGCUUGGACCCGGCAGCAUUUGCGGAGGAGGCAGACGUGGACAAACGCACAAGGAUAUCUAUUUUUUCAACACCGACAGCCAGGAGAGGUCCAAGUGUUCGUCGGACGAGACACUUGCGCGACGGGCACUGGAAAUUCCCUCUGGUUGUUUUGCACCUGCCCUGUACAUAGUCGGAGGAUCUUUCACAUAUAUUUCACAUAUUAUAUAAAUAUAUAUAUAUAUAAAAUGUAUAAUCUCUGUACAUGUAAACAACACACUAGGUCAUUAUUGUAAACAUGUAGGAUAGCAAAGAUAAAUUUUUUCAAAUUUUUUCAAAUUUUCUAUCGAAGCGAGACAGAUUUUCCGGGCGAUGGAAGGAGGGCGUUCGAGGCGGGAUCCGACGUGGCCGGGGACUCCUAUGGGAGCUUUGUCAAAGUAAACCCCCCUCGUGUCCCACGUCGCCCUCCGCGUAGACCAAAGCUUUCCCGUCGUCCCUUGUGGUCCCCUUGCCCCCUUUGCAGUCUCUUCGGGUGAGCGUGCAUAACUGUAGCGGGGUCAAACCCCCCUCCCCUUCCCCCCCCUCCGACCCCGAUUGCCAGUCCUUCAGCUGUAGCGAGACCCUGGCCUUUCAGCCGUAGUAAUCCCCUGGCCUUUCGGCCAUUGUAAGACCGUGGUCCUUCGGUCGUAGUAAGACCUAGCCGAUUUCCAGAGGCUUGACUGUGCCGGAAGCAGAAAAUUCUGGGGGUCCUCCCGGCACUAUGCUGGUACAGUUCCCUGGAAGUUCAGCCAGCCAGACUUGAAGCACCAAGUUCUGUUGGCUUCCCAACACUAUGCUGGCCGUUCAGCCAGUUCCUGGUCUAGCACCAAAUGACAAAUUUUGCGGGUUCCUCGGCACUAUGCCGGCAGUACAGCCAGUUCCCGGGCCGUGGCCAUACUGGAAGCAACAAAUUCGGCGGGUUACCUUGCAGUAUGUCGACGGUACCUCGGGAAAGUGCGGGCAUCCUCGGGGGUCCAGCAAUUCGAAAUCGUUGCAAGCGUUCAGUUUUGAUCCCUGCGCAUGAAAUGUCCUCGGCCAUUCCCCGGAAAUGGCGGAAGAGGUUGCCGUAAAAACCCGCCUGCGGCGGAAAGAGUCUGGCGGCGGCCAUCAAGAGGCCGUCGCCGAGACGCAAGCUUGUGGUGUUAGCUUUUACGACUGCUGUGAUGAUCAAGUACUGUGUGGCUGUCUUUGGAGCUGACAAAAAAAAACGUUCUGGCUUGUGUGUACCUAGGCGUCUAUACUUAGAAUGGGUGCGGCGGAGCAUACCGACGUAGGGAAACAAGGUGGGAGGGCCGGAUAUUUCUACGAGGUGGACAAUUUCUCGUUCCUUUUCUUUUUUAGAUGGGUCUAUGCAAAGAUGACUGCGGUUGAAAACUAAAACUCUGGACGAAAUUCGGAGGAGGAGGGGAAGCCCAAAUUGUUUCCUGACCAAUCUCGCGCUCGCAGAUCUAGGGAGUUGUUUUAAUUUUAGGACAAAUUGGCGCCACAACGAUGCCGUCUAGGUUGAUUUCGUGCCCGAACUGUUUACUCGGAACACGUUUGUGUGGCCCGUUUCUCUGUUGACCAUCACAGCGAGCGAGCUCGUUGGUCUCGGGACGGAGUUGCUUGUCGUCUUUGUCCCUCCUCGCUAGCCACUUCGAGGUUGUGCGGGCGGGGAGAGGUCUGUGUCCUUAGCAGAUACGUUUCGUGUGCUAUUUCAGUCUGCCGUAAUUUUAUUUUUUUGCCACGAUAAAUUUUGUGUAAGUCUACCUUAAAAAAUCUAGGCAUAAUUCUGUAAAUAAAAUCAACUCUAGGAUUUUAA